CCCCACGCGGCAUUCGCCACGGCGCGAAGCCCCGUCAUGCAGUUUUUCGACGUUCGUACGGAGCGGGAGGUACUCGACAAGGAUGGUUUGACACGUGGCGGACGCUCUCCACCGAAGCGGCGUCUACAACAGCCCAGAGAACAGUCGUAUGCACUCGUGCCAGGAAAGUUGCUUGAGACAAGCGAUGCCACCGCAAAGGAAUGUGGUCGUCCACGUCGACAACGACAGCAAACGACACAACCGCGCAUCGUCCAGGCCAUGGUGCGCCACGAGCCCAUCGACUACUUGGCGCUCCGCAGGACAGAACUCAGCAAACGUGCUCUUCUUCGCAUGCGCGACGUUGUCGUACGUGAAAUCAUCGUUCCCACACCAGCCCCCACGAAGGUCGACUCUCCUCCCCGUGGAGAAGUGCAACACAACGCGUUUCUUCAAAUGCCAUUUGCUGCCGCUGCUCCCAUCGAGUGGCAUCCCACGGCCAACACAGCGGAAGCGUCCCAUGUUGCCCAACUUGAGCACGACAUGAAAGAGCUCCAUGCCGCACAGGCUUGUGCAGCUGCCGCCAUUGCGACAGAGGAGGCCAAAGUCCGAGAGGCCCUCGCGGACGUCCGCAAUGCCGUCGCGACCUUGUACACCUUUACGCCAACGUUUCGCAUAUGGUCGAGAUUCAAGACGAAGUCUGUGAUCGAGCGGUGGCAACGGUUUGUGACAUGGCAUCGCGACGAAGAAGCGAAACUCGUGGCGCUGACGCACUACGGCGUGCGAAUACAACGCUUGUUCCGUCGACGUCGCGGACGACUUGCCGGGUUUGUUGACCGUGCUGCGCUCCGGCAGGCGGAAUGGGCGUCAGCUAUUCGACUGCAGGCGUGGAUGCGGACCAUGCUGGCCAUUCAUGCAAUGCAGCGAUUGCGAGAGUCCAAAUACGCCACGCAGUUGCAGAGGAUGUGGCGAGGACGUGUUGGGCGGGAUCGUGUCAAGCACAUUCUUCGAGAACGCUUGCGCGUGCGCCUUCGGUUCUUGUCUCCAACGGGGUCGCUCCAUCGCCUUCGAGACAUUGCACUGUACCAUGGCGAGAUGCGCCAGACUCUGGAGCGACUGUUGGCCUUGAUAGAGGACGUCCAUGUGAGUCUACGAAGCAAAACCAGUGCCCAUCGACACAACCGAUGCGAUGACGAAGACACCGAAUUCAUCCACGAGUCGUCGAAAUUGGUGUCCAUUCCAGCGUGGCAUGCCGCCAUGGCCGACCUCAAUGAUCUCAUUGCUGUUCGGCACUUGGAAAUCGAUCAGGCAAAACGCCAAUACGCAGCACAACGAGCAAUUCGAGUGGCGGCAGCGCGCUCUAUCGAUGCCGCCGACAAGGCACACGCCUUGGCCGAUGCUAUUGAACGAGUCCGCCGUGCCAACGAAUUGAUUACCAUGUAUCGCGAAGACUGUGAAUCGAUGGAGUACGUGCGGUCAAUGCGCGUAGCCUACGUGGACGCUGCGCUUCGCGCGACAAUUCAGCAAAAGAGGCGUGAAAAGGAAGGAUGUAUGGCGAUGCACAUGGAGGAACUGCAGACUCGGCACUAUAUCAGUGAACACCGUUGGCGGGAAGCCGACCGACGACGGCGGCUGGGAGAAGUCGACAAGGUGGAAGCAAUGCGGCAGAUGGAAGCAGACGCAGCGGCAGAGCGUCGCCAAGAGUGGGUCGUCACGAUGAUGCGGCAACAAGAUCUGCGAAUUCAGCUGGAGCAAGAGCAGAAACACAAACGGAUACAGGAAUGGCAGCUAAAAACCAAGGAAGAGUACGUAGGACUGUUUGAGCGGAUGGAGGCACGUCGCCUUGAAAAAGAGCGACAAAAGGCUGAGCGGAAAGUUGCCAAACGAGCCCGCCAGCAAGAGUUACGCGAACGAGCGGCGGCCUUGGAGAAAAGUCGAGUUGCACGACUCAUCGAUCUCGACCGACAGUUUGACGAACGGCUGUGCAUGGAGUCAGAAGAGCGCAACAUGUUGGCAAUAUUGAGUGAGCAAAAGAAAGCAGAAGAAGCCAAACUGUGGGAAGCCUUGCGGAUCAGUGCAAACAAGAACCGGCGAGAUCCCUUGGCGCUGGCACCCGACGUACUCGCAAUGAGGCAGAUUCUUGAGCGAGAACGGCAUGCGCGGCUGUCCAUGACAGAAGAAGACAAUAGAUCGCGCCAGGUCAUGGAUGCAUUGGCCAAGGUGCAGCAUAUGAUGCAUUGCAAAGAGCGCAAACGCAAACUCGACAUGGACCGCAAAGCAGAAGCAAAAGUACGUGCGGCCAUGGAAGCUGAAGAAAAAUGGGAGAGAACACGGCUACGCAAACUCGCAGAUAAGGCAAAUUACGAGCAAACGCUCAAGCGGAUGCAAGCUGCCGAUGAAGCGUACCGUGCCAAACAAGCAGAGAAGCUCUUCGAAGCGAGGUGCCGAAAGCUCAUGCACGACGAAGAGAUGCGUUUGCACCGUCUGUACACGGAAGUUCUGCAUCGUGAGCGGCUGCGUGAGCGCAAGGAGCGCCACACUAUGCGCAAUGACGAAAUGUACAUGCGCCAUAUUUUGGAAGAGCGCGAAAAACUCCGUUUGCGCUUGAUGGAGAAGACACAUCGCGUGGAAAUGGCAGUCGAAGACGUUCGGAGUCACCAGUGGCAAAACUUGGAGACCGUAGCUACAGUCAUUGGUUUGGCAAUUUGGUCGGCGCGAGAGCUCAAGACGUUAGCUGCACACGUCACACAGUACCCCAAGAUGCUAAGACUGAACGUGGCACUGGUGGCACACAUCACAGGACAAAAGGGUGAUCCACCUUGGAAAGGCGUGCAAUGGACGCCAUCAGACGCAGCGCCAGCAAUCGUUGUUCCAUCUCGUGCCAAGGAAUUGUGGAGUCGACUUCGGAACAAGUACGCAAAGCGGGCGAUUGCUGCCAUCGAGGCGAAGGCGGGUGCAGAUGCGUUGUACGCUGGAGAUUUUGUUCGAGCCCAACGCAACCUGCGCAUGGCAUUUCGGGAUGGGUACAAAGGGGGAAAUCUCCUUCGCAACAUAGCCAAGUGCCACGUCAAGCUGUAUGAGGCAUACUUGAACGACAAUGAUCUCCGCAUGGCAUGGACCUGGUAUAUCAGAGCCGUGGACCACAUGGACUUGCAAUCUUCGCCCGCAUUUCUCGAUGAGAUGGCACAUGCUUUGUACUUGCUGUGCCGUUUUCAGCACUCGGCAGAGAUUCUCUCGAGGAUCAUUUACAAUUUUCCAACGUACGUGCGGAUGCCCUUGGUGAUUUUUCGCGCGGCCAUGUUGAUGUGGCACUUGGGUCUGUACGAACAAAGUACCGACUACCUUUUGCACUUACUGGAGUCGCCACCUGCCCCCUGGACCGACCUUGACUUGAUGUUUUUCAUCGCGAGGUUGUACCUUCUCGACGAAAACAAGUCGCACGCUACGUUUGCAUAUGAUGAUGCGUUUCGCCGCUACCGAUUGCACGGGUUCAGUUUUCAAUACCAGUCAUGGAAGGCUUGGAUCAGUGAUGCUGCGGUGUGGCGGUAUUUUGGGGCCAAAGCGCUAGCGGCCAGCGAGUUCUUGGUCGCAAAGGACAUGUAUCAACAAACUAUCAAGCGCCGCCAUGACGAAGCUCAUCUGGAGCAUCGCCGAGCAGAACAUGACAUGGACUGGUUUCAUUUGGCCCAAUGCCAAAUCAUGCUGCACGAGUACGUAUCGGCUGGUCCAGCAGUAGCGCAUUGGCUGAAGGCUGUACCAUAUGCCGAUCGAGUCCUAGCGAGAUGUCAGGCAUGGCCGCGUGACAAAUGGACAGCCAUUGGAUUGAUUCCGGAAUGGGCCAUGGAGCAGAAGGAGGAGAUUGCAUCGAUGCCAAAGAGGGCCAUGGCGACUCCAAAAUUCAAACGGAAGCGAAAACCUCCCGCGAAAGUACGAAAAAAACACACUCGACGGCAACCCCAGCGUGUCAAGUUUACCACCACUGCGGAACUGCGUCAAUGGGUCGAAGUUGAGGACGCAAACACUGGCAAAGCGUUUUACUUCAACGAAAAGACAUUUGAAGUGGCGUGGACGCGGCCGACAUAACUCAACGCAAUAAUUCCGUCAGCACAAACGAGUCGUCACGACUUCGUUUCUUGGUUCGCAGUGUUUUAUCGAAACCGGGCCAAAAAUGAAGGGUCUCAUCGGCGCUCAACGUAGCAACCGUAGUACCGUCGGGAGACGCCGUCAUAUUUAGGAUGCGACGGGCGUGGCCACCAUAUUCCUUUAUCAGGGUCAUCCCAGCAACGUCCCAUAGCUUGAUCGUAUUCGAAACAGGUCCGUGCGACGACAACAAUUGCUUGCGGUGGUGGAGCUCAGGUAGUGACCAAAUGAGGCCAGAUACUUGGGACCCUGUGUCUAACGAAUGCUGGAGCUUGCACGUGCGUUCGGUGAUGCGCCACCAUUUUACGGAUUUGUCACUGGAGCCACCACCUGUUGCCAAAACUCCAACGUCCCAAGGACUCCACCGGAGCGCUUUCACAGCGGCAUUGUGGGUGUCGAUGACAUGCAAUGGUGUCAGGCGUGAGAAAUCUUUCGACCAAAUGCAGGCGAUGUGGUCGCUGCCACCUGACACGAGCAUGCGUUCGUCGGGAGACCAAUCGAGGCCACAAAUUUCUCCAGUGUGAUAUCGUAACGUUGACACUUGAUGGUUUGGC